UCUCCGGGACUCCGGGUGCGGCUCCGGCUCCGGCUCGGUCCACGGGGCGCCGCGCCCACCCGGGACCAGGACCGCCGGCCGCCUCCCUCCCUCCCACAAAAACGCCCGUCGGCUUCACUCGCUUGCGCCUCCCGCGACACUCGCAUCGCCGUUACUCCCCCCCACCAUCAAUGCCCUCUUCCUCCACUCCCCUCCCUCUCCCUCUCCUCCUCUGCAUCGACCACCACCACUUCGCUGGCUCGCUCUCGUCAUCGUCACCGGCAUUGCCGCCGAGCCCAGCAUCGAGACGAGAACAAUGAAGCCUCUGUAUCUGCGGAGCAGCGGGAGCUUCAAGCGCCUGCUCCUCCUCUCCAUCGGCCACUACCGGUCGCCGGCCACUAAGCCACCGCCAUCGACGGACGCCGACACUAAAGAAUCCCCGGAGGAGCCGGGUUCGUCCCCGCGGCGCAGCAGCAGCAGCAGCAGGCCGGCGUGGCGCUGCUUCUCGUACGACGAGGUGCACCGCGCCACGGGCGGGUUCCACGCGCGCAACCUGGUGGGCCGUGGCGGGUCCUCGGAGGUGUACCGCGGCGAGCUCCCCGACGGCCGCGCCGUGGCCGUGAAGCGCCUGCUGGGCGCGUCGGCGUGCGAGCGCCGGGAGCGGGACUUCUUGGCGGAGCUCGGCACGGUGGUGCACGCGCGACACCCCAACGUGUGCGGCCUCCUCGGGUGCUGCGUCGACCGUGACCUCUACCUCGUCUUCGACUUCUCACGACGCGGCUCCGUCGCCGCCAACCUCCACGGCGAGGCGUCGCCGGCGGCGAUGGGGUGGGCGGUGCGGCACGGCAUUGCGGUGGGAACGGCGCGGGGACUGGAGUACCUGCACAAGGGUUGCCGGAGGCGGAUCAUCCACCGGGACAUCAAGGCCUCCAACGUGCUGCUUACCGACGACCUCCAGCCGCAGAUCUCCGACUUCGGGCUCGCCAAGUGGCUGCCGUCGGAGUGGACGCACCGGGCGAUCGCGCCCAUCGAAGGCACCUUCGGGUGCCUGGCGCCGGAGUACUACACGCACGGCAUCGUGGACGAGAAGACGGACGUGUUCGCGUUCGGCGUCUUCCUGCUGGAGCUCGUCACCGGCCGGAAGCCGGUGGACGGCAGCCACCGGAGCCUCCUCAGCUGGGCCCGGCCGCUGCUGAGCGACGGCAAGACGGAGGCGCUGGUGGACCCGAGGCUCGGCGGCGACUACGACGUCGAGCAGGCGCGGCGGGUGGCGUUCGUGGCGUCGCUGUGCGUCCGGGCGCCGGCGACGUGGCGGCCGUCCAUGACCGAGGUGCUGGAGCUGCUGGAAGGCGGCGAGAUCCGGCAAGACCGGUGGGCGAUGCCCGAGGCGGCGGCCAGCGACGAGGAGCAGCCAUGGUGGUUCGACGACCUCGACGACGAUGACGACGAGAACGAGGACGAGGAGUUCAGCACACCAUCCCCCUCUUCCUCCUCGUCAACCACGAGCAAUUAGCCUACGUCAGGACCUCAAAACAAAAUCCAUUCUUCAAAAACAAAAAAAAAGGAAAAGAAAAAUCUAGAUACCUGUGAUGUGGUGGUUUUUUUUGCUAGUUUGUCCUAAGGGGAGGGCGGGGCCCACUUUGUAAAUACAAAAGGUUAUCACUUUGAAAAUGUUUAGUGUGUGACGAUGAAAUGUAAGUAUAUAUACGUACCAUAUACGUCCAUACCA